AUGAGAGAGAACAUCAACCGCUGCAAGAAUAUAAGUUCUGUUACAGUCCCAGUUGAUCAGAUAUCUGAGGUUGAGGCAACAAUGACAAAGAAGCCUACCAAAAUUCGAUGGAAAUUGAAGCCGCCUGACCAGUCCUUUGUAUCGAAGCCUGCAAGAUUCUCAGUUGAUAGACAUUAUGGUGAUGAAAUCAAGAAGAUGGUUCAGAAAUCUGAGAAAGUUUGUUCAAAACAGCCACGCCAUGAUGGAGAUUACAGUGAUGAUGAAGGAAAGGGCACGGCAAAGAAGAGGAGGAUGAUUGAAAAGGUGACUGUAGUUCCACCAGAAUUGCCUGCUAAAUUCAAGAAUUACAUCGAAAGACUGAAUGGUACUGAAUUAAAUUUUGUGAUUGAAAAGCCAUUAUACCGCACAGACCUUAGCCAUACACAUGGGCGUCUAUCUUUGCCGUUGUGUCAAAUCGAUAAUGGAUUCCUUACGCAAGAAGAGAAGGACUUACUCAACACAAGAACUGGAAAUCAUAAGACACCAAUUGAAGCCAAAUUAAUUGAACCGUCGGGCCACGAUUCUGAUAUAUGUCUUAAGAAGUGGGACAUGCCUAAAAAAUCAAACAAAGUGAGUACAACUUACAAUCUUACAACAAGUUGGAAUCGUGUUGUGAAGAACAAUAGGCUGCGCGAAGGAAUGAUUGUACAACUUUGGUCAUUUCGGGUGGGUUCAAAAUUGUGGUUCGCUCUUGUUAAAGUGAAGAGGAAUUAG